AUGCGGCUCCCAACUUCCCUUAAGGGGAGAGACGACUGGGAGCGCUUUGCCUUUCAGGCAGAGUCUUACCUGGCGGUCGUGGACACCAGGUAUCCAGCAGAGCUGGAAAUAGCUCGAAAGUGCAAGGCGCCACUCCAAAUGGCAGCCAUGACCGAGGAAGUGCGGACCCUUAGCGUCCGCCUCUUCGGCAUGCUGGGCAGCUGGACCCAGGACUCCGCCACAGCUGUAAAGCUGGCGCGCGGAGUGAAGGGCCAAAAUGGGUUCGAGCUCUGGCGUCUCCUGUGGCAGGAGCAUAACCCAGAGAACGAGUCCAAGAACCUCACCUGGAGGCGGACCCUGCUGAUGCCGAAGUUCCCGCCAAAGGAGAGUGACUUCUCCUUGGCUCUGCAGGAAUGGGAGGCAGAUGUGGACCGCUACGCCUCCGAGUAUGGCGCAGGGCGCGCCCUAGCAGAUGAAGAUCUGCGGGCAGUGCUGGUGACCGAGAGCCCCACCGCUCUUCGGCAACACCUCGCUAUGCACGCGGCGAGUCUUUCGACUUAUGCCGAGGUGAGGGAAGUGGUGGUGAGCUACUUGCAAGCCAAAAGGGUCUGGACCCCGAGUGCGGGCUACGCCGCCUCCUCCCGAAGGGAUCCUAACGCCAUGGACAUUGGCAGAAUAGGGGACCGAGACGGGAAGGAUGGAAAAGGCAAAGGCGACAAAGGCAAAAAGGGGGAUAAAGACCAUAAGAAGGGCAAGGGCGACCACAACGACAAAGGCAAGAAAGGGGACAAAAAGGGGAACCAGCAAGGAGGCAGAGACGGCAAAGAGAGAUGCCCCAUCUGCUGGAAAACGGGGCACACCGUAAAAGAGUGCUGGUUCAACGCCAAAGGAAAAGGCAAAGGCACCAAGGGCCAGGUGGCCCAAGUGGCCGACGACGCGGCCACGACGGUGUCAACAGCUUCCUUGGCGACUGCGGGUCCCUCCGCGUCCCAAGUUGGGGGAAGCACCGGCGGCUCUGGCGGCAAAGGCCAGGUGCGCCAGGUGCGCGACGACCGCAUCUUAGGUGUGCGGUUUGCCCCGCCUCACGACACCGAGCCAGAGGAGGACAAAAUCCUCAAGGUGUCGGGGAGUCUUCUUGUGGACUCCGGGGCGUGUGUGUCCGUGUGCAGGCCCGAGGCGUUUCCCGACCUGCAGCCCGCGGGCCCACCAAAGAGCCUUUACUCGGUGGACAACAGCCGCCUGAAAACAAAGGGCCGUGUCCAGCCGAGCCUCCUCUUAGGGGAGGAGCGUCAGUCCUGCAAGGUCAACUUUGAGGUGACCGAGGACAUAGAGGAUGAAAUCCUCAGCAUCAGCCGUGCUGUUGAGGCCGGUGCGGGCAUUUGGCUCCACCGAGAGGACAGCCACAUUUUGUGGCCCGACGGCGUCCGAGCCUCGAUCCUCAAGAGAGGGUCACAGUUCCUCCUACCCUACGAGGGAGCUCCCGCCGGGGUCAACAAACCGGGUGGCACCGGCAAGGACCUGGGACACUACGAGUACAUCCCGGAGCACGACCUCGAAGCUCGAGAGGUAGAGGACGCGGCGAUGGAAGCAGCAGCCGACGAAGAGGCCGCAGCUGCUGAAGAGGAGGAGGCUGCGGGAAACCCCGCCCCUCUAGAGGAGCAGGCCGAGCAGCCUGACUCCAGGCCACGCGGCCUAAGGGCACCGCGCAACCCCACGGCGCAGGAACGCGCCGAGCACGAGCUCACUCACACGCCCUACCAGGCGUGGUGCGAGAAGUGCGUGGAGGGAAAGGCACGCGAGGACCCUCACCGCCGCCGUGAGCCCUCGGAUGAUCCGGUGACGCCGCUUGUCGCCAUGGAUUAUCAGUUCUACAGCCGGGACGGGAAAGAAGUUGAGGAAGAAGCGUCGCUUGCCACGGUGCUGAACCUCACAGAGAGGGCCACUGGCUGGACUCUGUCAGUUCCCGUGGCGCACAAAGGGCACAGACACGCGGCUUACGCCGCAGGGCUUGUGGAGCAGUUCGUGGACCGCCUGGGGUACGACAAGUUCACCCUGCAGGCCGACCAAGAGAACGCUAUAGCCUCUGUGGCCCGUGCGGUCCACCGCCGGCUGGGAGCUGCUAGGGUGCGUCUUCGGGACGCCCCUCGCGGGUCACACCAAAGCCAAGGAUCCGUGGAGGGAAGGAACGCACACCUAGCAGGCGAGGUUCGCACUUGGCUUUCGCAGCUAAGAGCGGACUACCCCGCCUUAGAGUGGGACACUUCGUCCAACCUGUUCCCGUGGCUGGUCAGGCACGUGGCCUGGCUGCAAGCCCGGUUCGGGACCAAGUCGACGGACGGGGUGACACCAUAUCGGGCAGCCACUGGCACCGACUAUGGUGGAGCACUUUGCUCCUUUGGAGAAACCGUUCUAGCUAAGCUCCCGAAUCCCGGGAACAAAGCGCAGGUGCGCUGGGUCAAAGGGGUUUGGGCCGGCAAGCUGGAGCGCGACGACUCCCACGUGGUGCUAACCGAAGCGGGCGCACUCAACGUGAGGAGCGUCAGGCGACUCCCGCCGGAGACCCGACACCAGACGGCAGCCGUUCUUAAAGCGUGCGGCCUGCCUUGGAACCCUAGAUUUGGCCGCUCAGCGCCGGCAGAGCGCAGCGAGCCGAUGAUGGUUCCAAUCCCUCUGGCCACGCCGGCCGAAGAAACGGAGCGGCUAGAACCGCCCGGUGAGCCCUGGCUCUUCAGCGACGGGCCGCGGCCCGACGACGAGGCCCUCUUAGUCGAAGGGGCCGAGCAGGCCAGCAGGCUCCCGGACGCCAGCCCUACCGAGGAGCUGGCCAACGCAGAAAUACCGGACUACGAGCCGUCCGACGUGGAGGCAGGACCUUCCGCAGCAAGCGCGCUGCCGCAACAAGCGGCAAGCCCCGCCCCAGCCGCCAACGACGGCUCAGGCGAAGGGGGGCAGAAGCGCGACUCUGCGGGUUCCUCCGCGAGCGCAGCGGCAGCACAGCAGCCGCCUGCAGCAAAGAGCCGGGUGGAGCCCAAAAAGGCACCGCGGCUAGGAGCGCUCACAGAGCGCGAGGUGUGGCAGCACAUCGCUGCCUUAGCCGACCCGCCGCUCACCAACCACAAGGGCGAGCGGGACGCGUGGGUUGGGCAGGUGACAGACCUGCUAGACCGGAUGCUCGACCCCAAGCAGGUCGAGCAGGCACGCAAGGAGCAGCUAAGAAAGCUGUGGGACCGAGGCGCUUUCACGCCCGUGCUGCGGUCUGAAGUACCGCGCGGGGCGCAGCUGUUCAGGGCAAAGUGGGUCGACAAGUGCGACAAAGGGCGGUACAAGUCAAGGUGUACUUGUGCCGACGUCAAGGCUCGCUACAGCCCAGAACAGGAAGCUGGCUUGGACGUUUUCGUCCCAACGCCAACGCCCGAGAGUCACUCCCUACUUGAGGUAGCAGCGCUACACAACGAGGGGUGGGUCACAAGGUCUCUGGAUAUUGUGGCCGCCUUCCUCAUAGGGAGGGACCGCGGUGCGGCGGAAGGCCGCCCGGUCUACAUGCAUGCGCCUGUGGAGUGGCGCGAGCUCUUUGACCAAUGGGUCUUGGAGCAGCCUGCAAAGGACCAGCAGUGGUACCGAGACCACUUCCGGGACUUUGUGUUCCGAGUGGACGGCAACCUCUACGGCCGAAGAACGGCUGGUUCCGUCUACAGGGACGAGCUGGAAGAAGUCCUCACCGGCAAGCUGGCCAAGGACUACGACUUCCAGCGUGGCGUGAAGGACCCGUGCGUGUACCUAGACCGCCGGUCCGGCCUGAUCCUUCUCCACCAUAUCGACGACAUCCGUGUCGCAGGCCCCAAGGCCGCAGUGCUCAAGUUCACGGAGGUGGACCUCCCGACGCACUGUGAGAUAACGGUGGGAGAACUGGAAGAGCCGGGCACAGCGGUGGAGGUCCUGGGAAGGACCAAGGUGCGCACAGAGGACUCUAUCCUCACGCUGCCCGACAGCAAGCACGCAGAAAAUGUGUGCGAGCAGCUGGGCAUCGGUCCAAAAGACAAGGGGACCGUGCCUAGCAAACCUCUAGACCUGACCAAGGUCGAGGAGCUCUCUGCGGGUGACGCCGCGAGGUUCCGCAGCGCCGUGGGUAGCGCUAUCUACCUAUCGGCGGACAGGCGAGACAUACAGUUCGCCGUGAAAGAGCUGGCAUGA